AUGCUCUCCUCCAUGCAGAAGGUGCUGCGCAGCCUCCUCGUCGGCGACGACGAGGUCAUCCCCGCGCGCGGCUGCUCCCGGGCCGACGGCGUCGCGGAGCCGACGUCGCCCCCCGCGCCGCUCGUCUGCAGCCCCAGCCAACGUUCCGAGUUCAACGAUCCAGGCAGCGCCAGCCAACGCGCAGGCGCUGCCUUCGCGCCCUCGGCACGGCGGCUCGACGCCGCCCCUGCUGGGCCUCGGGCACGCGAACGCAGCCUCGCGGCUGCGGCGGCGGCAGCCAAGCUGCUCGCCUCGACAUGGCUCGGGCCGGCACCAGCGUGGCCGCCGCCAUCCGCCAUCAUCCCGUUUUCCACCUACCGUCUCACGAUUCGCCCGCCGACACGCUGCUCGCGCGUCGUCGUGUGUGGCGUCGAGCGGGCGCCCUCGCCGGCCGCCACGCUCCCCCCUAGCGCUGCCUCGCAGGCAGCGCCGAGCCUCGCGGGCACGUAG